CGGCGGCGUGAGCAGCGGGAGCUGAGCCUGCGGCGCGAGACGCGGCUCCAUGCUGUACGCGUGCUGCCCGGGGCGGCGGCGCUUCCGUCCGCUGUUCCGUCGCGUGUCCCCCGCCGCGGCCGUGGGGCUUGGGCUGCUGUGCGGCCUGUUGCUGCUCUACCUGAUCUUCGCGUACGCCACAAGACUGCCAACACUCUACGAAUUCUACACGAGCGGCGGCGUGACGGAGGGCUUGGAGGCGGAGAACAGGCAGUUCACUCUCAACGGGCGGCCCCUCUCGCUGUUCAGCGGCGCUCUGCACUACUUCCGGGUGCCCCCCGCGCUGUGGCGCGACCGCCUCAGGCGCAUGCGCGCCGCCGGCCUCGUCGCCGUCGAGACGUACGUGCCAUGGAACCUGCACAACCCAGCUCCGGGAGUGUACGACUUCGGCGACGGCGGCACCGCGUGGUCGCCCUUCCUGGACAUCGUGGGCUUCCUCCGCGCGGCGCAGGAGGAGGACCUGGUGGCGCUGGUGCGGCCGGGGCCGUACAUCUGCGCCGAGUGGGAGUUCGGCGGCCUGCCCUCUUGGCUGCUGCGCGACCCCAACAUGCGCGUGCGCACAUCCUACGAGCCCUACAAGCGGCUACUGCCGCUGCUGGCGCCGCUGCACUUCACGCGCGGAGGCCCCGUGGUGGGGCUGCAGAUCGAGAACGAGUACGGCUCGCUGGGCGUGGACGACAAGCCCUACCUGGAGUUCAUCAAGGGGCUGAUGCAGAGCGCCGACCUGCCGGGGCUCUUUUUCACCUCCGACUCGCCUCUGGCGUCCGGCGACCGAGGCGCGCUUCCCGGCGUGCUGCAAACCGCCAACUUCCAAGUGGACCCGGAGAAGCAACUGAAUGCUCUGGAGCGCCUGCAACCGGGCAAGCCCGCCAUGGUGAUGGAGUACUGGACAGGCUGGUUCGACCACUGGACCGAGGAACAUCACACCACCACCCUUGAGGCAUUCUCCGACGUGUUGCGGCGCAUCCUCGAGUACCCGUCGGGCGUCAACUUCUACAUGUUCCACGGGGGCACCAACUGGGGCUUCAUGAACGGCGCCAACUCAGACACUUCAUUCCCCACCUACCAGCCGGACAUCACCAGUUAUGACUACGACGCGCCGCUGACGGAGUGGGGCAACUACACGCCCAAGUACGAGGCGGUGAAGCGCCUGCUGGCGCAGCACGCGGCCGUCCAGCUGCGCACGCCGAACGCGAGCCUGCAGUUGCGCACCCCCGGGGCGGCGCCCGCGCAGUCGCUGGAGCUGCUCGUGGAGAACUGGGGGCGCGUCAACUUCGGCUCGCCCGACGACUUCCACCAGCGCAAGGGCCUCCUGGGCUCCGUGGAGCUGGACGGCGCCCCCGUUGCCGGCUGGGACCACCUGUCGCUGCAGUUCGACCCCGCCUUCCUCGCGGGGUUAUCAGAAUGGCAACCUGUAGCACUGGAUUCUCCAGAUGGGGUUCUAGCUACCCCAACUCUCUUCAGAGUUGAAGUGUCCAUUGAUGAGCCAGUUGACACAUGGAUUGAUGUCCGUGGAUGGAGCAAGGGAAUUGUUUUCGUCAAUGGCUUUGCCUUGGGACGCUACUUGCAUCUUGGUCCCUCCCACACUCUUUACUGGCCUGCACCUCUCCAACGCAAAGGACUUAAUGAGGUUCUAGUAUUUGAGCUGUUCCAGAUUCCUUCAGACACUACUCUACGAUUUUCUGAUGAACCAGAUCUUGACUAGAGGAAUCUACAGACCCUACAGACCUUUCAUCCUGAGUCUUAGGGCACAAUGAACAAACAAUACACAAUAUUUAGAGAAACAUUCCCAUGAUGAUAUGUUACAUCAAAUGCUCAAAUCAAAUUUGUAAUAGUUGAGAGGGAAAGAAAAUCAUUGAAAUUCCGAUGUUCUUGUGAAUGGAAAUGAUCAAAUAAGUGCUUUGUUUCAUGUGAUAUAAUAUGAUUAACUUUUACAAUAAAUUCAAUA